AGCGAAGAUUUUUCGGUACCAUUACCACGUCGUGAAGUCACUGGAGACGCUUCCGAAACCGCAAUUUUGAAAUAUUGUGAGCUGAUUCUUGGAGAUGGUGGGACGAGAAAAAUGCGCGAGAAAAUGCCAAAAGUGGCUGAGAUCCCAUUCAAUUCUACCAACAAAUAUCAAGUAUCAAUUCAUCAAAAUGGAGAUCGAUUUUUGCUGGUCAUGAAAGGUGCCGCUGAGAAAAUACUGAAAGCCUGUUCGUCCACACUUAUUGGAGGUGAAGAAGCAGCAAAAGACAAAAAGUUUGAAGAGGAUUUUAAAAAGGCUUACGAACAACUUGGUGGAUUUGGAGAGCGUGUGCUUGGCUUUUGCGACCUAGAAUUGGAUCCAGAAAAGUUUCCCAAAACGUUUGUUUUCAAUACCGACACUCCGAAUUUCCCACUAACAAAUUUGAGGUUUCUUGGAUUCAUGGCAAUGAUUGACCCACCACGUCCAGGAGUCCCGCAGGCCGUUCGCCUAUGUCAGUCGGCCGGCAUAACGGUAAUUCUUGAUUCUUCAAUGCGCGAUUGUUUGUAAUA